AUGCUUUUCUACCUGGGCACAGUUUGGGUGCACUUGUGCUACGGAUUCAAUGUGGAUGUGGAUACCCCAACGAUCUUUGAAGGCCAGAGUCAGAGUUUUGGCAUAAGUGUCGCCCAGAUUGAGAAUAAGGUGCUCGUUGGGGCCCCAUUCGAAACAGGCCGGGUGAAUGAAAUGGGCAAACUCUACCAGUGCACCUACCCUUUGGGUGACUGUAAAGAGAUUAGCAUCCGAAGACCAAGAGAUGCUUUCAAUAUGUCCUUUGGCUUGACCUUGGUUGCCCAGAAUGAUCAGGUCCUGUUUGCUCUCAUGCAGUUUUCAGGGAACUUCAGGGAACAUUUUAAUUUCAACAGUAAAGACUCUGCACAACUUGUAAUGAAAGUGAAGCAGCUGUAUGGAUGGACCAAAACAGCUACAGGCAUCCGCAAAGUUGUGAGGGAACUGUUUAUUGCAGAAAAAGGAUCUCGGAAUAGUGCUACAAAGAUCCUUAUUGUGAUAACCGAUGGAAGCAAGAUGAAUGAUGAUGCUGAGUAUUGGGAGGUGAUACCAGAGGCUGAACAAGCUGGGAUCAUCCGUUAUGCCAUCGGGGUUGGCUCUGCAUUUUCAACCAUCGGAGUCCAACAGGAACUGAAAGACAUCGCUUCUGAGCCAGACGAUGAGCAUGUUUUCAAAGUCAAUAAUUUUAAUGCUUUGAAAAGUAUCCAGGAGCAGUUACAGAACAAAAUCUUUGCAAUUGAAGGCACCCAGUUCCGGAGUAGCAGUUCCUUCCAAAUGGAAAUGUCCCAGGAAGGUUUGAGUGCCCUCCUGAUCACGCAAGGCCUUGUCGUCGGAGCUGUGGGAGCCUAUGAUUGGUCUGGAGGAUUACUUCUAUAUCAAACCGGCCACCAAGACCCAGAAUUUAUUAAUAUCUCCAGCAUCCUCAAAUAUAUGAAUAAUUCCUAUCUCGCAUUUUACUGA